CUCCCACUAAAAAAACCCACCCCCACCAUCUUCCCCAUUUUCAAAUUUAUAACCAAAACACACACGAGAGGAAAAAGAGCCACAGAGACGUACCUUGGGUGUGCUCUGUUCUUCCCUCUCUCUUUCUCUUCUUCAGCUAUGAGAGUCCCUGUUACUUCAUCUCCACAGACCAAUCAACCUCCUAAACCCAACACCAACAAUUCCGCCAAUCCGGCCCCAAAUCUCGGCUUUCACAGCAAUCCCACUUCCUGCUAUGAGCCCACAUCGGUCCUUGAUCUUCGAGGGAGUCCCAGUCCUGCAACGGAAAAGCCGGCGCCGACUACCGAUGUGAUUUCGGGCGUCGCGGCUGCAGACCCAUCUCAUCAGUCUCUCGAAUGGGAUGAACAUGUCCUGCGGAAUAUGGAUUGGGAUUCAAUCAUGAGGGAUUUGGGGUUGGAUGAUGACUCUGCAACUAAUUUGAGGAGUGUUUCUCAGUUAACUCCUUGCAGCGAUCAUCAUCAAGUCGUCUCUCACUUCACCGACUUCAUUGCUUCUCAGCAGUUCGAUAGUAAUCCGCAGUUGGUUAAUCAUGCAGAUAUUAAUCUUCAAGAUGUGUACUCUAACCAGAAUUCAGGUUACGGAUUAAACUCUCUUGAUCAUCUGUGCAACAAUUUCAAUGGUUUUAGUAAUCUGAACGUGGGAUUUGAUUUCAUAGAGGAGCUGAUUCGAGCAGCAGACUGCUUCGAUUCAAACGAGUUGCAACUCGCCCAGGCAAUAUUGGCGCGGCUCAAUCAACGGUUACGAUCUCCCGUCGAACCGAUACAGAGAGCCGCGUUUUUCUUCAAGAAGCUCUCGUGUCGCUCACCAACCGAGCCGCUCGUGUCUUCAUGGUACGAGAUCGUACAGACCAUCAGCUAUAAGGCUUUCUCUGGACUCUCUCCGAUCCCUAUGUUCGCUCAAUUCACCGUCAAUCAAGCCCUCCUCGACUCCCUCGACUGGCCAUCGUCACCUUUUCUUCACAUCGUCGACUUCGAUAUCGGUUUCGGCGGCCAGUACGCUUCGCUUAUGCGAGAAAUGGCCGAAAGAACCGAUUCUUCUAGACUGGGGCCUCCGUUUGUCCGAGUUACAGCUGUUGUACCAGAAGAGUACGCCAUAGAAACCAGGCUGGUCAAAGACAAUCUCACUCAAUUCGCUCAGGAGCUGAGAAUCCGGUUCCAGAUCGAGUUCGUUCUUGCUCGGAGUUUCGAGAUGUUGUCUUUUAAAACAAUCAAAUUCAUGGAAGGAGAGAGAACCGCCGUUCUUCUAUCUCCGGCAAUCUUUCGCCGUCUAAGUUCUGAAAACGGAGCCGCCGGGUUCGUCUCCGAUCUGCGACGAGUGUCUCCGAGCGUCGUCGUUUUCGUGGACAGUGAAGGAUGGACGGAGAGCUCCGGAGCGACGUCAUUCCGUCGAGAGUUCGUGAGCAGUCUGGAGUUCUACUCGAUGAUGUUGGAAUCACUAGACACGGCAGCCGUUGCGGCGGGUGAUUGGGUGAGGAGGAUAGAGAUGUUCUUAGUACGCCCUAAGAUCUUGGCGGCGGUUGAAGGCGCAGCUGGGCCGCGUGUGGGGUCCUCCUCCUGGAAGGAGCUUUUCUUCGGGGCGGGAAUGAGGCCGGUAUCGUUGAGUCAGUUCGCGGACUUUCAGGCGGAGUGUUUGUUAGGGAAGAUGCAGGUCAGGGGGUUCCACGUGGCAAAACGACAAGCCGAGUUGGUUCUAUGCUGGCAAGAUAGGGCCCUCGUUGCCACAUCAGCAUGGAGGUGUUAGAAAUCAAAUUCAAACUUCAAAAUCGAAUUAGGUAAUUACAUGAGGUCUUAACUUUUAAUUAAUUAAAUUAGGGGGGGUGCUUAAUUAAUUAAUGGGGAUGUAAUUAUACGUUUAAAUCCCUUUCCUUUGUGAAUUUUUUUGUAGUUUAUUUUUAUUUCUUUAUUAUUAUUAUUUUAAUUUUGUAUUAGUAAUUAAAGAUCUCUUAAAAAUACCAUAUGUUGAGUAUUCUCAUUUCUAUCCUAUAUAAGGUUUGAAAAACUAA